ACCAUGUGCGACGACGAGGAAACAACCGCCCUGGUGUGCGACAAUGGUUCUGGUCUGGUCAAGGCCGGAUUCGCCGGAGAUGAUGCGCCCCGAGCUGUCUUUCCCUCCAUCGUCGGCCGCCCACGCCAUCAGGGUGUCAUGGUAGGUAUGGGUCAGAAGGAUUCCUAUGUGGGUGAUGAGGCUCAGAGCAAGAGAGGUAUCUUGACUCUAAAGUAUCCCAUUGAACACGGCAUCAUCACUAACUGGGACGACAUGGAGAAAAUCUGGCAUCACACCUUCUACAAUGAGCUCCGUGUGGCACCCGAAGAACACCCUACCCUUCUCACUGAGGCUCCUCUGAACCCUAAGGCUAACCGUGAGAAAAUGACCCAAAUCAUGUUUGAGACCUUUAACGUCCCAGCCAUGUAUGUCGCUAUCCAGGCAGUCCUAUCCCUGUACGCAUCUGGUCGUACCACAGGUAUUGUUCUGGACUCUGGUGAUGGUGUCACUCACAAUGUCCCAAUCUAUGAGGGUUACGCCCUGCCUCAUGCCAUUAUGCGUUUGGAUCUGGCUGGUAGGGACCUGACUGACUAUCUCAUGAAGAUCCUCACUGAACGUGGUUACUCCUUCGUGACAACCGCUGAGCGUGAGAUUGUCCGUGAUAUCAAGGAGAAGCUGUGCUACGUUGCCCUGGACUUUGAGAAUGAAAUGGCCACUGCAGCUUCUUCAUCUUCCCUGGAAAAGAGCUAUGAGUUGCCCGACGGUCAGGUCAUUACCAUUGGUAACGAGCGUUUCCGUUGUCCCGAGACUCUCUUCCAACCAUCCUUCAUUGGUAUGGAGUCUGCAGGUAUCCAUGAAACUACAUAUAACAGCAUCAUGAAGUGUGACAUUGACAUCCGCAAGGAUCUGUAUGCCAACAAUGUGCUGUCUGGUGGUACCACCAUGUACCCAGGUAUUGCUGACCGCAUGCAGAAGGAAAUCACUGCCCUGGCUCCCAGCACCAUGAAGAUCAAGAUCAUUGCCCCACCUGAGCGUAAAUAUUCCGUCUGGAUCGGUGGGUCUAUUCUGGCAUCUCUGUCCACCUUCCAGCAGAUGUGGAUCAGCAAGCAGGAGUACGACGAAGCUGGCCCCUCCAUUGUCCAUCGCAAAUGCUUCUAAACAUCAUGAUUUUAACUUAGUUUCAUCUCAGGUUGACAAGGUUGUGCCUCUGGUUACUUUGAAUCAACAGGCCAUUGGGAAACACAAAAUAGUUUUAAAACUAUUUUCAUUGUAC